AGAAGGCAGUGAUAGGCCCCAUGCAUACUUUUUCCACAAGACGUUAGUAUGGCUUUUGUCAGUUGCGGCGGCGACGGGGGUUAAUCACAACUGAAAGAAUUGCUGCUGAAGCACCUAGGCAUGCUUUCUUCCUGUGGUUCUCCAUUGUUUUAAGACAAGCGCACAAAAAAUUAGGUGAUCUAGUUACACGAAAAAGGUGCAUGGAAUGCUGAAGGCAUGUUAUAGCCGUUUAUAGCCUGGCAUCUGUUUAACUUCUCCAGGGCCGGUUUUCGCAAAGGUAUCCCACUUCAGUUUGUGGAUCCAAAGUGUUUUCUACAGAUGACCGGAUCUUCCGCUGAUGCUGAGAUCACAGGAUGAUUAGACUUAUUGGAGUCGUGUUGGGGCUUCUGCUCCUAGUUGGGACCAGCUCGGCAAUCAAAAGUACGCCAGUCAAACUCUUCAACCAGCUCUUGAAAGGCUAUGAUAUGAGGAGCGCACCUUCGGAAGUAUCAGGUAAACCCGUUGAGGUGCAGAUUAGUUUCUACGUUAGCAACACCAAGGUGGAUACUGAAAAGAAGGAAAUGGUACUCGACACCUAUUUCAGACAAACCUGGGUGGACGAACGCCUGCGUUUUCCAGCGGACGAGGAACUGGAAGAGAUGUCAUUUGGUGACGGGCCUGACGACCAGAUAUGGACACCCGAUACCUUCUUCAGAAACGCCAUCAGUGUGGAUUGGGUCACCUCUGAUAACGUGCUUGUCAGGAUUUACAAAACAGGAAAAGUUUGGCUGGCACAAAAGGUGAUCCUCACAAUCAGAUGUCCUAUGCAUUUUCAAAAGUAUCCCUUUGAUACACAGGAAUGUUCCAUUCGCGUUGAAUCGUUCAGACACACUUCGGACAGCUUGCAAUUGAAGUUCUUGGAUAAGGGAUUUAAUUUUGACGAGCCUAGUGAGAUUGACGGAUUUUCGCUUGAAAACCACAAGCUUUUGGACUGUGCCAUGAACUAUACUUCUGGAAUAUAUCCGUGCCUGGCAGUUAAGUUGAUCUUGAAGAGAGAUCAUGGGGCGUUCUCCAAACACAGGUUCUUUCCCUCCGCCCUCGUCCUCUUCUUCAUCUACACCUCGACCUGGAUGGGCAGCCAGAUCCUCCUCCCUCGGGCGCUGGUCCUGAUUGCGGGGAUCCUCCUCCUUGGCGCCAACAUGAUCACCAGUAGCAUCGUGCUGCCACACCCCGUGGUCGGCUAUAUGACGGCUGGAGAUAUCUGGUACCCUGUUAUCAUCAUUCUGGUGAUGCUUGCGAUCAUUGAGUUCUGCGUUGUUGCAAUACUUUGCAACCGGACUGAUGGGGUGUCUGAAAACUCCAAGCAUACGUCAAUUGGCAACGUCCUUGAAUGGAUCUUCCGGAUAGGUUUUCUGGUAACCAUCAUUGUCUUCCUCGUUGUCUAUUUCGCCCUCUACUCCAUCGGAUAGAUCAUGAUCAAUGAAGUCAAUAUAUUCAUAUAUAAAGAAUGCGGGGAUGAAGAAAGUGCCUCUAAAGUAGUUGCUUUACACGUGUUGUAUGUAGGCCUACGUAUUAUCUGCUGCUCUUAACUGCUUCUCUAUGUAUACGCCAGCAGUCACGCAAAGAUUGCCUGAACGAUGCCGGAACAGCGAACGACUUGUCGGCCGCCCACGAGGCACACUUUCGGCAAAACCACACAGCCUGCCGGGACCCUGACCGCACACUGGUAGGACUAACCGGUGUCAUUUCGAGCUUCGUAUUUACCUGGUCUAAUAACCUGUAAUCGCCGAAAAAGUCGCAACUUCAUCUUGACCGAUCACGACUGGUAUACAUGUAUAUCGUCUCAUACCAAAAAAACGCAUUGCAAUCCAGUUUCAAAAUAUUGCUUAUUGUAAUAAAGAAACGGAUUCAUAGAUGCGAUCAACAGUA